GUCGGGUUCCGUCGAGUGACACUUCGAAGUUGCUUUUGAAUGAUCAGCGUGACUGGCCAGCAAGUUCCAGAGCCCCUGGCCUCGGCCCAGCUGGUGAUGAGAUGGGGGCCGGCCCCCUCUGUGUGCUUCCCGCCCAUCUCGGGACCCCACCACAUUGGCUGCACAGAUGUGAUGGAGGGUCACAGUCUUGAGGGGAGCCUCUUCCGACUCUUCUACCCUUGCCAAGCAUCGGAGAAGUGCGAGCAGCCCCUGUGGAUCCCCCGCUAUGAGUACUGCAUGGGCCUGGCUGACUACCUGCAGUAUAACAGGCGCUGGGUGGGCUUGCUGUUCAACGUGGGUCUCGGAUCUUGUCGCUUGCCUGUUAGCUGGAACGGCCCCUUUAAGACAAAGGAAUCUGGAUACCCUUUGAUCAUCUUGUCCCAUGGCCUAGGAGGCUUCAGGGCGUUGUACUCGGCCUUCUGCAUGGAGCUGGCCUCCCGUGGCUUUGUGGUUGCUGCUGUAGAGCACAGGGACCAGUCGGCCUCUGCCACCUACUUCCGCAAGCAGACCUCACAAGAGAGCUCGCCCGCUGAAUCUCUGGAAGAGGAGUGGAUUCCCUUCCGUCGAAUCAAGGAAGGGGAGAAGGAAUUCCAUGUCAGGAAUCCCCAGGUGCACCAGCGGGCAGAAGAGUGUGUGCGCGUGCUGCGAAUCCUUCAGGACGCCUCCGCUGGGAAGACCGUUGUCAACGUCUUCCCAGGUGGACUGGAUCUGACGACUUUGAAGGGUGGCAUCGACGUGAGCCGCGCGGCCGUGGUGGGACACUCCUUUGGAGGAGCCACGGCUGUUCUCGCUUUGACUCAGGAGGUCCAGUUUCGGUGUGCUAUAGCCCUGGAUGCUUGGAUGUUCCCUCUGGAACGGGACUUUUACCCCAAAGCCAGGGGCCCUGUGUUCUUUAUCAACGCCGAGAAAUUCCAGACGGUAGAGAGCGUCAACUUGAUGAAGAAGAUAUGUGCCCAGCACGAGCAGUCCAGGAUUGUGACUGUCCUAGGAGCUGUUCAUCGAAGUCAAACUGACUUCGCCUUUGUGACGGGCAACCUGCUUGCUAAAUUCUUCUCCAGUAAUACUCGUGGGACCUUGGACCCUUAUGAAGGUCAGGAGGUCAUGGUGCGGGCCAUGUUGGCCUUCCUGCAGAAGCACCUGGACCUGAAAGAAGACUAUGAUCAAUGGAGCGGCUUCGUGGAAGGCGUCGGACCGGCGCUCAUCCAAGGCGCCCCGCACUAUCUGUCCUGUCUAUAGGUCGCCUGAGCAGAGUUUCCACUUAGGAGCUGCCCAAGGGCACCUGCGACCUAUCGGCGGGACCCUUUUUCCUAGAUGGAGAAGGUGUAAUCAGAGAGCUGAUUGGGCAACUGGAUGCUUUGCCCUUGGGACUGUUGAUCUUAAAUGAGUCUUAGAACAGAUUGUGGAUGAUUCACUGGCUGAUUGGGAAGCUGAUUUUAGUUUGAAGUCAAGGACUCGCGACCCAGACUGGCUCUGAACGAACUACGUAUUGAGGAUGAUUCUCUUUCUGAAUGGCAGACAUCACCACUAUACCUGGCUUGUAUUCACACUAAGAAUCAGACCUACGUGAGCCACUGAGCCUUAUGUGCAGAGGACCUGUUCUCAAUAACAGUAGUCCCCACCUCUGUCCCGGGUUCUGUUUGCCUUAAGAACAGUGUCUACCUGCUCAGCCGAGUCCUCUCUUGGCUUGGGCCAUUCCUACUGUUCUGACCAUGCAGGUCACCAUGUGGAAUCCAUACCAACAGGCGCCAUUCCCUCUGUGCCGCCAUCACCCCAUAACCAGUCUUUUUGCUGUCCAGGCACACAUCUCAAGGAAAACCCACUGGAUCUGUGGGACCUACUUUGGACUGACUUUACGGUGGUUUGCCUGUAAAGGUUAGGCAGACCACUGUACUAACUGACCACAUCCCCUACUCUUGGCGAGCUAACUUUCUUAGGGUGAACCAAGAGAGUAAGUCAUGGGGUGGGACUGCCUGAGUCCCCUGUCCCAGGCGAAGCCCCAUGGAGCCUGGAUAUGACAGCUUGAUUGGGGAGCCCACUCUCUCAUCUUGGGCACCUGUUGCCUCAUGAAGCCAAAAGCCAGACUUUGGAAACCUUAGGGCUUCCAGCCCUGGCUGGUGCUCUCCACCUGCCCUCCCUCUCUCCAGAGUCUUCCCACCAUAUAACUAGAGUAAUGGACACUUUGUACUGCUAAGCUCAGGGGCCCGUGUAGGCCAAACAGUGUUGUCCUCGGAACAUUGCCACCAAGGAGCCCCUCAGAAGCUCAGCAUCUUUGAGGUUUCACAAGUAUAUCUUGUCAGGACACAUCCUGAGUAGGUUGAGAUGGGCUGGGAGCGAUCAGCGGAGCUGACCGGGCCACAGAGGAUGCCGGGCUGGCCAGCUCAGCUCCGGGAAUGUCCCUGGAGAGGUCUGACGUCAGCUUGCCUUGCCUCCUACUCAAACCAGGGUGCUUCAGUUGUCAGUUUUGUUUUAUUUCUGUUUUUGGUUUUUUUUGAGGCCUUCCCCCAAUUUAAGUCAAGAAACUGAUCCAGUCUGUUUCAUCCUGUUUCGUUGAAUAUUGGGGUUCAUGUUGGCCUAAUGGCAAGGUAGCCUGGGUGAUUAAAUGUGCAUUUCUGAAGUCCCACACAUGUGCUUUCUAAUUGUUUGAAUAUUAAAUGUUUCCUAGUCAGAAUGACCCCUGUGAUCUCUACCCUUCAAGAUUUGUCGAAACAUAAUCACUGUAUGAAUAAAAGCCAUCUACUCUGAA